GCACACGUCUGAAGGUGUGACUGAUUACAAGGUCGACAUAACUGAUAGUCAUGCAACAGGUCAUCUGUCGUUGUAGAAGGUGACUACAGAUAGGUUCCAAGACUAUAAAGUUCUUUUACAGACUGUGAGAGUGAUAGGUUUCUAGUUCUAGUUAAAUAGGAAGACAAUAUGAAGUUCUGCCUGGCAGUUUUGUGUCUUGGAGUAGUAUUUGCGGCUAACCAUCAUGGCCUGACAUUGGACCAGAUCGCCCAGAUGGUCGUCGCAAAGAUGGACCAAAACGCUGAUGGAAAUUUAACUGUAGACGAAAUGAACAACGAAUUUGUUGUACACUAUGACCACGACGGAAACUCUUGUGUCAGCAGCCAUGAGUUUGUGCACCAGUGGAGUCAUGACUACCAUGACGACCAUCAUGCUUCAGAGAACAUGUUCUCUCACCUGGACAUAACUAGUGACCAAUGCUUGAGUAAAGACGAUCUAGUGAUGCAUCAUAUGGCAAUGGACAUUAACAAUGAUAACACUGUGACUUCUGCGGAAUUCACCGAAUGGCUACAUCAUAUCUGUCAAGUGACUCUUUUAAAAGAAAAUGAGUAUUUUUGUGGAAAUAAGCCAGCAGAUAUCGUUGUUUUACUUGACUCUUCCAACAGCAUAUGGAAUCCAAAUUUUCGAACACAGAUUAACUUCGUGAAAAAUGUGACCGCCAUGUUCGACAUUGGAAUCAACACAACUCGCGUUGGUGUCGUGACCUACAAUACGGACGUCGUAGAGGAAAUAGGACUAGGGGACUACACUGACAAAACAGAUCUCUUACUGGCCCUAGAAAACAUACAACAAAGGGAGGGGUACGAUACAAACACAUUUCAAGCAAUUUCAUACAUGCGCAAACGUAUGUUUAAACGCACAUUCCGAGAGAGAGGGCACGCCGCCAAAAUAGGAAUUAUUGUCACUGAUGGCCAGUCCUCUAACGUUCUAUUGACUGUGUGGGAAGCUGCAAAAACCAAGCGGAGGGGCAUCCGUCUGUUCGCCAUUGGUAUUGGUUAUAACACCAAUCCACGGGAACUUAAAGGAAUUGCUAGUAAACCUGAAAGUGACCAUGUUUUCAAAAUCGACAAUUUUGGAGCCUUGGAGUCUAUCAAACAGAUAUUGGCGGUCCGUACCUGUGAAGUAAUACCAGAAACCACGACUACGACUACAACCACUACAACAACCACAGCACCUACUACAACGACUACACCAACUACAACCACGCCUACUACAACAACCACGCCUACUACUACAACCACGCCUACUACUACAACAACGCCUACUACAACAACCACGCCUACUACUACAACAACGCCUACUACAACAACCACGCCUACUACAACAACCACGCCUACUACUACAACCACGCCUACUACUACAACAACGCCUACUACAACAACCACGCCUACUACAACAACCACGCCUACUACAACAACCACACCUACUACUACAACCACGCCUACUACAACAACCACACCUACUACUACAACAACGCCUACUACAACAACAACGCCUACUACUACAACAACGCCUACUACAACAACCACUACACCUACAACUACAACAAUACCUACUACAACGACAACACCAACUACGACCACGACACCUACUACAACGACUACGCCUACUACAACCACAACACCCACUACAACCACAACACCUACUACAACAACCACGCCUACUAAAACAACCAUGCCCACUACAACCACAACACCUACAACUACCACCACACCUACUACAACAACCACGCCUACUACAACAACCACGCCUACUACAACUACAACACCUACUACAACAACCACGCCUACUACAACUACAACACCUACUACAACGACCACGCCUACUACAACGACCACGCCUACUACAACCACCACACCUACUACAACCACAACACCCACUACUACCACCACACCUACUACAACCACCACACCCACUACAACCACCACACCUACAACUACCACCACAUCUACUACAACCACCACACCUGCUACAACAACCACGCCUACUACAACACCAACGACUACGGAAACUCCUACAACUAAGCUUACGACAACUACAAUCCCUACGACAACAACGACCUCAUUACUACAAUAUGUGAGACAAGCAUGUUCCGGUGACAAAAACGAUGUUAUGAUAGCUAUCGAUUCAUCAAACAACGUUCGGAACUACGAAUUCAAUUUACAACUUAAAUUCGUGGCUGCCUUAGCGAGAAAUAUGAACCAUUUAAAGCACAGUACCCAUAUAGGUGCAAUAUCCUAUAGCAAUGCCAUAAGUAAUAUUGUAAGUCUUGGCGAAUCGCAAAAUAUCCAUUAUAUCGAAGGAAAGUUAGAUAAUACGAACAGAACUUUUGGUAGAGGUAGAGUAAACGAGGCUAUCCGAUACAUAAGGACAAAAGGUUUCCGAAGAAGUUCAAUCAGAAAGGACGCCACACAAAUUGGAAUCAUCAUAACAGCUAGUCCUGGAACAUACAUCCAUAAAACAAAGAGGCAGGCAACAAAGGCAAGGGACACUGGGAUUAUUUUGAUAGCUGUUGGUUUAGGAGACAUCAAAGUGGAAGAGUUAAAAGCUAUAUCCGGUACGUCGGACGGAAGUCUACAGUACCACCUUCCUUCCGCAAGAUACCUGUUUGGAAACCUGGCAAAUCUAGCUUUUGAAAUCUGCAAAAUUGAUAGGAAUUCAGUUAAGGCGUUAUCGGAUAAAUCAUGUGGUUCACGCCAGGAGGCGGAUUUCAUGUUUAUGUUGGAUAGUGUAAAUGCCGGGAAAACUAACACCCGGAAAACUUUAGCUUUUAUACAAGACUUAUUGAAGGAUGUGGAUGUAAGCCCACGAAAGGUGCGAGUAGGUGUCAUGUCAACCGAACCAGAGUGCAAGAAGGACUUCACUGGAUUUAACCUUAACACGUACAAACACAAUAAGAAAAUUAACCGCGCUUUGGAAAGGGUCAAAGGUGCUGAUGUAUCAGCAGUGUUGAAAAAAUUGAGAAAAACUAUGAUUUCACGAGCUAAAGGUGGAAGAAAAGGAGCAAAAAAGAUUGCCAUUUUGUUUAUAGAUGAGGGUCUGGAGGACCCGGUAAAAGCCUUCUUAGAAGCAAAUAGAGCCAGCAUUCAGGGGAUAGAAGUAUACGUCGUGAAAAUUGGCAAAGGUCUUGCAUAUGAAAGCGAUAGGCUCCAACAAAUAAUGAGUGAUGAGGGUUUUAAACAGAACAACGUCUACCAUAUCUCGAAUUACGAUGACCUUCCCAACAUCAAACAGAAGAUUUGGUACAAUAUCUGUGAUGAGCUCUGAUCGAGAUCUGAGAUGCACUCUUGAAUCGGGACCAAUGGUAUCUACCAGAACGGAAACCUUGCACUUGGCAUGACAGAGAUGUUCCAGGGCUGAUGUUUUCUUUUUUAUUCCACUUCCCCAAUAACACAUUUGAUACAGUGCGCUUAUAAAUAGCCCAGGGCCAUGUGCAACAGCUAUCUGAUAAUAGUCUACCGGGGAGAGGAGGAAAUAGUCUGGUCAACGAAACGGUUAUGUAAGGACACUGCGCAUGCGUCCGCUCCUUAGAACGAUUAUUUUCAUAUCAACAAUACAUGUAAGAUCAAAAAAUCAAAUUACUUUGAACUCUGGGGAAAUAGACUAUGGGUAUGAAAUACUUGACUCUAUGCAAAUUGUGAUAUUGCAUUCUGGGUAUACGGAUUAAUUUGAAGCUGUUGUGGUAUAGUACAAGCUUCAAAUGAAAGUGUGAAUCUAAAUAAUGUAAGAAUGUGUUGUAUAAAUGAUACUGUAUGUAAGAAUUCCGUAACGAUAUGUUAACUUUGAGUGUGGAUACUUGUGUUGUAUUAUAUGAUGUUGCUAUUUUUAUACCUUCUGGUUACAAAAAUGUUCUAUGGUUUUCAAAGUGUUUUUAUAAUUUCAUUACAAAUGUUUAUCAAAAUUAAAAAAAUCACAAAUAUUUGA